GGGGCAUUUUCGGGGGACGGGGGGUACUUGGGGUCGGUAGAGUCUCUCGCCACACACUUUUUUCUACUCUGAAAAAAAGGUGCGUCAGACUCGGGCUAGUCGAAGUAAAAAAAAAAAACCUCGUCGUUGUCAUGGUAACUAUUAUAUAAAAAAAAAUUUACAGCGGGACUGUGUCUGAGAUUUAAAAAAGUGUGUGAUAAUUUUUUUUUUCGUUUUUCGCUGUAUAUUAUUAAAAAUGCAAUAAGAAUCUCAAUUUAAAAAUGCGGAAUUGCUAUGGUUACGCGCAUUGUUGUUGUUGUCAUGGAAAUUUAAGAGAAAAAAAAAUGUUUUUUUUUGUGAUAUAUAAAUGACCGAGAGAGAUAAUAAUUGAGGAGAAGGGGUGUAACUGCCAUUUGUCGUGUUGCUAUGGAAACUAGGGGAGAAGAGGAGGAGGAGAAUGAGGGAAAAGAAUGUGAUAAUGUAUGACCUGCUUAUAUAAUUAAUUAAAAAAAGGAUUAUUAUUAUUAUGGAUUUUGGGUGUGUUUUUUUAUUUCCAUGGAUAUGGUAGCUAUAGAUAUUUGCAUUUUAUUUCCGUGGAAACGUGGAAUAAUCCAUGGUAUCCAUAGAAAAGCAUAUUCAAAUUAUUUAUAGAAAAAAGCGUAUAUAUUUCCAUGGAAACAUAAAAAAUUCUAUAAUUUCCAUGGAAACACAAAGAAAUCUCAAAAAAUAUCUAUUUCCAUGGAUAUGAUCUCUAUAUUUGCAUUUAACAUUUCCCUGGAAACAUAAAAAACCAUGGUAUCCAUAGAAAACCACACAAAACCCAAUCAUAAAAAUUCAAAUCCCCAUGGAAACUCCAAAAAAAUCCAUGGAAACCAAAAAAUAUAAUCCCCAUAGAAACCACCACCAACCACACCACCUUGACCCACAAACACGCACCUACUACCCAAAAAUGCGUCCUCCACCACUCCACACCAUCCACACACCCUAAAAAUCAAUAAAUCCGACGCAUCCCGAGCACCCAGCCCACCAAAAAAUAUAUUCCACCAAAAAUAUCUGCAGUAUAUAAUUCCACCUCCGUCGUCUCGUCUCUCUCUCCACUCUUUUUUCGGAGCCUUUAUUAAUUUCCAUAGCAACCAACACUGCCAGUUAAUUAUAAUUUUUAAAAAAUGCAAUAUAAUGUAAUAAUCGCUUCCAUAGUUUUAAUCGGCGUUUCCCGUGUCCGCACAGAAUCGUCAACGUCUUCGAACGAGACGAUAAAAUGCUACGUGUGCAACUCUGUCCACGACCCGCGCUGUGGGGACCCUUUUGACCCCAAGACUAUUGAAUUAGUCGACUGCCAACAGUUCAUUCCUCAGGGGAAAAAUGCCACCGUCUGUCGGAAGAAUGUUCAGAAAGUCUCCCUUGGCUCCGUGACUGACCUGCGGAUCGUCCGCUCGUGCGGUUUCGAACCGGAAAAUAACCUCUCCCCCGAGGACCUCGAAGACGCCAAGGGAAAAAGCUCCAAUCCCUCGAAAAAACAGGAGGACAGGUGUUACAAUAGGGCGGGAACGUUCGAGGUUAUGGUGACUUAUUGUACUUGCCAUGGUCACCAGUGUAACGGCGUUGCUAAGGUUUAUCUAGAUUUUUUUAGUGUAGCAGUUUCCAUGGCGAUUGUUUCUUUUUUUGCGUAAAAAUUGUGUUUUAAUUAUUGUAAAAAUGAUGUAAUAUUUGGAAGAAAAUUAGUGUGAGAAUAAAGAGAAUUUGAAGGGAA